GCCUACUGUACAUAACCCUUAACCUCAACAUGGCGACGUCCUGUGAGCAUGAACGUAAAUCUCAUUUCAAAGUGUGAACAUUUAUAUCGGUAACGUCAAUAAAAAAGAUUAUUUUCAAACUCUACACAUAUAUAGGGAUAGUGUUAACCGGUUAACCGUGAUCCGCCGGCUAUAUCAUGCAGCUCUUACUUAAACCUCUUAGUAAUGUUUUCCUGUUAGCUGGACUGUUUCGUAAUGUGAAGAUAUGCAGAAUAAAAAGAAGGAGUCAGGGUUAUACGGAGGCGUGCACUUUAAUCAGACACAGAUGGAUAAAGACUGCAUCGAAUACACAGUAUUUGAGAGAAUUCGGCUCCUCAGCUCACGAGCACAAUAAUGAUAUGUCCCAGUUUCCUGUGGACAAGAUCAGAAACUUUAGCAUCAUUGCUCAUAUUGACCAUGGGAAAAGCACCCUCGCUGACAGACUGUUGGAGAUGACAGGUGCCAUUGCAAAGACAGACAGAAAUAAGCAGGUGCUGGAUAAACUGCAGGUGGAGAGAGAAAGAGGAAUCACAGUAAAGGCUCAGACUGCAUCUCUGUUCUACAAGCACGAAGGACAGACUUAUUUACUCAAUCUCAUCGACACACCGGGUCAUGUUGACUUCAGCUAUGAGGUGUCACGCUCCAUAUCAGCCUGCCAAGGAGUUUUGCUGAUAGUAGAUGCAAAUGAGGGAAUACAGGCACAAACUGUAGCAAAUUUUUACUUGGCAUUCGAAGCUCAGUUAACCAUCAUACCAGUUAUAAAUAAAAUUGAUUUGAAAAAUGCGGAUCCUGAAAGAGUGGAAAAGCAAAUUGAAAAGAUGUUUGAUUUUCCAAGGGAGGAGUGUAUCAGGAUUUCUGCAAAAUUAGGCACAAAUGUGGACCAGGUUCUUGAAGAGAUAGUGAAGAGAAUACCCCCACCUACAGCUAAGCUUGGGGAACCGUUUAAAGCCCUGGUCUUUGACUCGACUUUUGACCACUACAGAGGAGUAGUAGCCAGUAUCGCCUUGUUUAGUGGACAGGUCUGUAAGGGGGACAAAAUUGUCUCAGCCCAUCUGGGAAAGACUUACGAGGUCAAUGAACUGGGAAUUCUGAGGCCAGAUGAACAACCCACAGAGAGACUCUUUGCAGGACAGGUGGGUUAUGUAAUAGCCGGCAUGAAGGAGGUGAAAGACGCUCAAAUCGGAGACACAUUCUAUCUUCAAAAGCAUCCAGUGGAGGCACUACCUGGCUUUAAAGCUGCUAAAUGUAUGGUCUUUGCAGGUAUAUACCCCACAGACCAGUCGGAGUAUCCUUCACUGCGCAGCGCGGUGGAGAAGCUGACUCUGAAUGACUCCAGUGUGAAGGUGCAGAAAGACAGCAGUCUGGCUUUGGGGGCUGGCUGGAGGCUGGGCUUUCUGGGUCUGUUGCACAUGGAGGUCUUUAAUCAACGUCUAGAGCAGGAAUAUAAUGCCUCUGUUAUAGUCACAGCUCCAACAGUGCCGUACAAAACUAUCCUGGCCUCACCCAAACUCAUAAAGGAGUAUGGACAGGAGGUGGUCACCAUUGUAAACCCAAUUCAUUUCCCUGAGAAGUCUUCUGUGGUGGAAUACCUGGAGCCCAUGGUAAUGGGAACUAUCAUCAGCCCUGACGACUUUACUGGGAAGAUCAUGAGUCUGUGUCAGAGUCGCAGAGCUGUUCAGAAGAACAUGGUUUACAUCGACGACCAUCGAGUGAUGAUGCAGUACCUGUUCCCUCUAAAUGAAAUCGUGGUCGAUUUUUACGAUGAGCUUAAAUCCAUGUCAUCAGGAUACGCAAGCUUUGACUACGAGGAUGCUGGCUAUGAACCAGCUGAACUGAUUAAGAUUGAUUUCUUGCUUAAUGGGAACCCAGUGGAAGAACUCACCACUAUCGUUCACAAAGACCGGGCCUAUAACACAGGAAAAGCCAUGUGCAUAAGACUGAAGGAAUCCAUCCCCAGGCAGAUGUUUGAGAUCGCCGUACAGGCAGCCAUCGGGAGCAAAAUCAUUGCCAGGGAAACGAUCAAAGCAUACAGAAAGAACGUCCUAGCAAAGUGUUAUGGUGGAGAUAUCACACGAAAAAUGAAGCUGCUGAAAAAGCAAGCGGAAGGCAAGAAGAAAAUGAGGCGGAUCGGAAAUAUUGAUGUCCCAAAGGAAGCCUUCAUUAAUGUACUGAAAAGGAAGUAGAAAAUGUCCGAAAAUGCUACAUACUGAGGCUGUAUUUAAAGAAAAUCUAAGGCUGGCAUAUGGUUGGUCCUUUGUUGUUUAAUUUAUUACCCAUCAUCUGUAGGAGCCUGUGAAAAUAAAUUAAAUACUACAUGCGCCAUUCCAUUAAUACCACUUAAGUAACUUACCACAAGAGGGCCCCCUGCAAAAAAAAAAAACAUUCAUAAAUAAACAACUCUCCUUUAUAUGAAAGCA